UAAUCAAAUAUAAUAUAAUAGUUAAUAUUUAAUCGAAAUUAGUAGUUUCGUUCUCCCUGCUUGACUAAUUGUGUGCUGGGUCGUACUUGGAACGUUUGUUUAACAACCCAGAUCACACGAGUUAACUGCCCUAGUCGACUCCACUUGUAUGCUCGCAGCCCGUCUCACACAAUAAACAACACUUUCCACAAAACAGUUUCACUCUCUCAUUAAUUUAUUACUAAAGUAGUCUUGAUUGGAAUUUGAUUAAUAAAUAAAACCAACGCGAUGGACAGCCCGUUGGACGUCAUUAUUGACAUUCCUUGUCAUCGACAAGAGAUUGUGAGUCGUGGUCCAAUUCCUGCCUUUUGUCGAGUUACGAAAAAAGUUAAAAUGGACAAUGACGGAAGUAGGUGUGAGGCAAGUCAUGUUACUGAUUCGGAAGUGGCUGUAGCAUUUUAUAAAAUUGCACGCCCAGAAAUUCCAGAUGAUGAUGAAGAGCCUUUUGUCCAUGACCUAGGACGUGUCUCACCAGAGCCAAUUGCCUCUGCACUUGAUUCUGCACUCUCCCCGGCAGAAGAAGAAAUUGUUGUAGAAAUAGUCAAAGAAGCUGGUGAAACAGGAAUCGACGUGGGAGAUUCUGGACGUUUUUUGGUGUGGAGACAUGCAGCUCCAAGAGGUUUUGGACAAACUGUGGCUCGUGUGUCUGGACAAUUAAGUUUAAAAAAACCAAAUACUGCGGGUUCUGGGGAGAUAGGCUGGACCUAUCCUCCAAUUUGUACUUAUCCAGGUUGCCGUUCAAGUGAAGGUGCAAGAGUUGAUGAGCAAAACCCCACAUGCUUAAAGCAUAAGGGUCCCAACACUGGAUUUUGUGUCCUUGAGUAUGGCACGUUCGACAGAAAUGGAGUAGUUUCUUCAAUGGAUCAUCGUAUUCUCUCAUUCACAUAUACGGAUGGACAAAAAGAUGAACAUCUGACCUUAGCUAUUCAGAAAAUCAGAAAACCAACUGGACAAGAACAACGAAGACUAGUUUUUGAGGAUCGAGAGGAAGCUGAACAAACAUUCUCCGUUUGGCAAACAGCGUUCUUGUUUCAAAAGCUUCGAAACCCUCUUCUGCAGUAUCACUACACCACAAUCUCAUUAGCUAUUGGACUGGAACGAGAAGUGAAAGAAGAAUUGAGACGAGUCGGACUUGAGUUACGUCUCACUAUGUUGCUCACCAGCAAAAGUGAAAGUAAGAAGAUUGAGUUUCCAUUUGGCCGAAGAGCAAAGCCACAAGAUAAAUUCUCAGAUUUGAUCACUGCGAAUGAUGGUGCGCUUUAUGUUGCUGCUGACCCACAAUUCAUUUAUGGAGGUCAGACUGUCAGAGGUUCUUAUUUACAUCCGGAGAUGAAUGGAGUUGACACCAUAUCCAAGUACAAAGCAGAGUUCAACCAUAACGUGAAAAUAAUUCCAAUCGCUUCAGUCCCAAAAGGUGUCAGAUCUGCUAAUUUGAAGAAAAUGGAAUCACACCUCCAUGUCGGCUUGUACAUGGCUUAUCUGUUCCGACUUCGAAAUCACCUGGACCAAGAGCUCAAUCUUACUCAUCCAUAUUCUUUAAACAAGGAGACAACUUCUUGUCAUUUUGAUGGAAAUUCAAGGGAGUUGAUUCAGAGAUUUGUUCUUAAAGAAUUUGGAGCCUUUGUUGAAAUUUUACCAUGUCGUGCUUAUCAAUUCAUUAUUUAACUAUACAAUUUUUACUUUCAC